GGCAGUGCCUGCUUCCGCGGCUUGGCCAUGGGCCAUGCGAGCUUUCCGCGCCACACCGAUCUAACCACCAGCAACUUGCAAGCUUACCAGACCUUCCUAACUCCAUCAUCGUCGUAAUCUCCCUCCACCUCACCCCUCAAAUCCUUCCACCUCAUCACCGCUCCACCACUACACCCAACAACCGCGACACUUCUACAAACACCACCACCACCACGACAUUCACGCGUGCGCCUUAUACCAACCAACCACCCACAUCCCGCGCCCCCCUCACGACCACCAAAAUGGAUUCAGCAACCGACCUCUUCACGUCAUACGAGUCAGACUUCAAGCUGUUAUUCACGGACAUCUCGCAGCGCCUUCACGACCUGCCAACACUCACGGGCGAGUCCCGCAAGGCUUCCAUCCGUUCCACAGAGCGCAGCAUUGACGAGGCCGACGAGAUAAUCGGGCAGAUGUCGCUCGAGAUCAACAACAUCCCGUCAGCGUCUAAGACGAAGCCGCGGGGGCGGCUGCGGAACUACACCUCCGACCUCGAUUCUGCGCGCGGGCAGCUCGUGAAGCUCGCGCAGAGCGCUGAUCGCGAUGCACUAUUGGGCGUCAGGGGCGCGCAGAUGGGCGCCAGCGAUCAGACGAUGCAGCAGAGACAGCAGUUGCUGGGUGGGACGCAGAGUCUGGAACGUAGUUCCGCCAGGCUUCGGGAUAGUGAACGCAUUGCGAUUGAGACGGAGCAGAUUGGUGCGGGCAUACUUGGCGAUCUGAGUACCCAGCGCGAGUCCAUCGUGAGGACGCAUGAUACCUUGAAUGAUAGUGAGAGGUAUCUCGACCGGAGUAUUAAGACGCUGAGGGGAAUGGCGAGAAGGAUGGCGACCAACCGCAUGAUCACGAUUGCCAUCAUCACGGUGCUGGUACUGCUGAUCUUCGCGGUCAUCUUUUCGAAGUUUCAUUGAGUGAAUGAGUGAAGAGUGAAGAUUGGAGGCGGCAGAUGGUGAUGCAGGUUUGGGUUGGAGUCUCUCGUGCGUGCGUGUGUGGAACAAGCAUAAUGCUGCUUUUUUGUUUUGUUUCCGGUAUUUUGCUUUUGAUUGUCGGUCCGGACUCCGGAGUGGAGGUGGAAGUUUGUGAAUAGUCUCAAUCUCGAUUAGAAUUCACUCGUUCGAGAUCACGUUACGUAUCAUGG